AUGUUGCAAUUUUGCAGGCACUACUACAAUAACUACUGCAGCUCCAACCGCAGCAACCACCACACAACUGCUGCUCCAACUGCAGAAACUGCUGCUCCAACAGCAGAAACUGCUUCUCCAACUGCAGCAACUGCUGCUCCAACUGCAGCUGUCACCACGCCACCUCCAACAGUGGCCACCACCACCAAUGCUGCUCCGGCGGCAGCCACCACCACUGCUGUCGCAUCAACUGAUCCUCCAUCUUCUAGUGAAGGAACCCUGAGUCUUCGGUUUAGCCUCAACCAGAUGUUCACCUCAGAUCUUGCCAACUCGUCCUCUUCAGCAUUCAAGGCUCUGGCUGGCACAGUGGUCUCGGAGGUGAACAGGAUUUUUGUUAACACCCUGAGCUUCAAUCGUUCCAUUGUCAACUCAUUCAAGAGUGGCUCCGUAGUUACCAACAUGACACUCGUGUUCAGUAACAAAUAUUCGGUUCCCAGUGCAAGCAGCGCACAGGAAACUUUCAGCAGCAGUUCCACCUCCCUGAACAUCCUACAGGGCAGCGUCAGUGUUGAGUCAUCAGUCAAUUCAGGAAGUGCUCCCCGACCCACUGCCUUCUGUCUGUCUGCCUUGCCUCUCACGUUGGCACUGCUAAUGGUACAGUUGCUGGCUAACUAAUAGCUUGUGUCAUAGCUGCUGUGGCAUUGGCUUGACCAAUGAACAUGACCAAUUUUGACCAAUUUUCCAGCUCUCAUAGAGACACCCUUAAGAUGAAUGACCUGCUUUGGCAGAAGAAUGCACAAUGGACUGUACCUGUGUUAAUUACAAAAUGAAUAUGUAUUUCAUGUACAUACCCACAAGUACACAAAAACAAAAUCAUACCUAAAUGUACUUUUUGAUGUCAAGUAUGAUAUUUGUGACAUUCCUUAAGAAUUCGUGUUGGGUUUUUUUCUGCUUGUGAGUAUUGAUAUUCAUAGUAUUGAUAAUUAAGGGAUAAAACAAAGGUAUGGAUUUUUUUGGACAAACCAAUGCUAAAAUGUAUGCGACAAGGUAAAAUGCCUAUACCUUAUCUUUCAAGUGACAGUAUUUUCACUUAUCCAUAUAGGCUCUCAAAGACAUUACUUAUUUAUUUGCAGCUUGCACAUGUUUUAUCUGUUAGAUUUAUAUGGAAAAUAAUUUUAAAAAAUGAGAAAACCUUUCCUGCAACAUGAGACAUCCAAAUCCUAUUGUAUAAUUUGUUUGCUUUUGUAUUGCCUUUUUAAUUACAAACUGCUUGUAACUUCUGCAUUUAACUUCUGCAUUUAACUACUCCAUUUAACUACUGCAUUUAACUACUGCAUUUAACUAUUGCAGACCAAAUACCUUUAUGAUAUUUACAUUGAGUUAUUUUGGGCAUAUCACUGAACUGUCAAAGUGGCCGAGGAACUAAUGCAGACCACUGCCCUGUUUUAAAAACAUUGUAACGUCUUACCUUGUUAAUAAUAUUCAAUCCAGUAUGUAAAACCCAUAGAAGUACAUUUUCUUCAUUACUGUUUUAAUAUAAUUCUAUUUUGGGUCAUGUAAGUGCGUUGAAUAAUUCAUUUAUAAAUCAUUUACAAUAUGAGUUACCAUGUGAGUAACAACUUACAAGCAUGCACCUCAAAUUAUGUUAUGAACAGUAAUCAUAUAUUUAUACUGAACAAAAAUAUAAAACGCAAAAGUCCCAUGUUUCAUGAGCUGAAAUAAAAGAUCCUAAAAUGUGUUAACAUCCCUGUUAGUGAGCAUUUCUCAUUUGCCAAUAUAAUCCAUCCCCCUGAUGGGUGUGGCACACUUUACAUGUUGUGUUUAUAUUUUUGUUCAGUAUACCUAUUAAAUUAACAUUUUGAAUUAAACAUUAAAUCAAC